AGGUUAACGGGGAGGGGAAGUGGGGAAGGUGUAGGAAAGGCUGAAGGACAGGGGCGAGGGCCCUGGGAGCCACAGACCUACCUCCCAGCUCAAGACAGCCAUUUUGCCUGCACUCUGCUCUCUGCCACUACUCUGUCCCGUUCCCUGGGAUCCCCACUCCCCUUCCAUCUGCCUGUUCAGGCCAGCUCUCCUCUGGAUUCCAGCCUCUGGUCCUUGGUCUCUCCCUCUUUCCCCAGGCCUUGUCCUUGUCCCUCUUCCUCCACAUUCUUUCUCCACCUUCCUCUUUGCAGAACCUCUCUUUUGUCCAUCCAUCCCCCUCCCUUUCUGACUUCCCUUUGGAGAGCUCAGCGUGGCCCAGGCCCGAGGGGAGAUGUGGGAGGCUUGCUUCCUGAUCUUGCUCCUGCAACAGCAGUGGGUGACUCCAGAGGAGGUUCCAGGGUCUGGGGCAGAGGUCCCGGUGGUUUGGGCCCAGGAGGGGGCUCCUGCCCAGCUCCCCUGCAGUCCCACAAUCCCCCUCCAGGAUCUCAGCCUUCUGCGAACAGGAGGGGUCACUUGGCACCAUCUACCAGACAGUGGACAGCUGGCUCUCGCCCCCAGCCUCUCUCCAGCCCCCGGCCCCAGACCCGUGGGGCGUGCCCCGCGGGGGUCGGGGCCCCACCGCUAUGUGGUGCUGAGGUUGACUCCGGGGGGCCUGCGCCUCGGGAGGCCGCCGCUGCAGCCCCGCGUGCAGCUGGAAGAGCGCAGCCUCCAGCGCGGGGACUUCUCACUGUGGCUGCGCCCGGCCCGACGCACCGACGCCGGCGAGUACAGCGCCGCGGUGCAGCUCCGGGACCGCGCUCUCGCCUGCCGCCUCCGUCUGCGCGUGGGCCAGGCCUCGAUGAUUGCCAGCCCCCCAGGGUCUCUCAGGACCUCCGACUGGCUCAUCUUGAACUGCUCCUUCAGCCGUCCUGAUCUCCCAGCCUCCGUGCACUGGUUCCGGGACAGAGUUCCUGUCCAGGAGUCCCCCCAUCACCACUUAGCUGGGAGCUUCCUCUUCCUGCCCCAAGUCAGCCCCUCUGAUUCUGGGCCAUGGGGCUGCAUCCUCACCUACAGAGAUGGCUUCAAUGUCUCCAUCACGUACAACCUCACUGUUCUGGGUCUGGAGCCCCCAGUCCCUCUGACUGUAUAUGCUGGAGCAGGUUCCACGGUGGAGCUACCCUGCCGCCUACCUCCUGGUGUGGAGACCCAGUCUCCCCUUACUGCCAAAUGGUCCCUUCCUGGGGGAGGCCCCGACCUCCUGGUGGCUGGAGACAAUGGCAACUUUGUCCUUCAGCUAGAGUCUGUGAGCCAGGCCCAGGCAGGGACCUACACCUGCCACAUCCAUCUGCAGGGGCAGCAGCUCAGUGCCACUGUCACUUUGGCAGUCAUCACAGUGACUUCCAAAUCCUUUGGUUUACCUGGCAACCUGAGAAAACUGCUUUGUGAGGUGACUCCAUCAUCUGGACAGGAGCACUUUGUGUGGAGCCCUCUGGACAAGCAGUCUUUGAGGAGUUCCCCAGGACCCUGGCUGGAGAUGCAGGAGGCCAGACUCCUUUCCCAACCCUGGCAGUGCCAGCUGUACCAGGGGGAAAGGCUUCUGGGAACAGCAGUAUACCUCACUGAGCUUCCUGGCACAGGUGCCCGACGCUCUGGGAGAGCCCCAGGUGCCCUGAAAAUAGGUCAUCUCCCUAUCUUUCUCAUUCUUGGCUUCCUCUUUUUGUUCCUUUCGGUGGCUGGAGCCUUUGGCUUUCACCUUUGGAGAAGACAGUGGCGAACCAGAAGAUUCUCGGCCUUAGAGCAUGGGAGUCACCCACCUCAGGCUCAGAGCAAGAUAGGGGAGCUGGUGCAAGAACCAGAGCUGGAGCCGGAUCCUGAAGUGGAGCCGGAGCCGGAGCCGGAGCCAGAGCAGCCCUAACCUGGAGCUGAGGCAGCUGGUGUGUCUCCACAGCUCAGUCCAAAUAAACUCCCUGUCAGCAGCAA